UGCAGGUAUCGCCUAAGGUCCAAAGUUGAGAUCGACAACCUUGACGAUGAAUUCUCGUGUUGGCAACGCUUUGGUGGCAAUCUCUUCAACAGUGACCAAGAAAAUCUUGAACCAGAGGCUGGUUCAGUCGGCUGGGAGAUGGGUGUUGAUCGUGCUGGUGCAUCUGCUGCACACGGAAAUAAUUCAGGUUGGCAAUGGUUUAAGGAUCCUAGAUUGGACUGCCUAGGAUUCAGGGGAAUUUUCCCAUCCAGUACAACUCCACCAUUGGUUGAAUCUGAUAAGGAAGCCAAUGAAGAACAUUACCUGCAAUGGAGAGUAGAGAGAGGAAUCGCCGAAGGUUCAACCAAAAUUCCAAAAGGUGAUGCCAUUCCUCUUGAGUACAACCUUGUGGGGCUAAACGCCAUAUCUUUUGAUGAAGGAUGCUAUGUCGGUCAGGAACUUGUUGCUCGAACACACCACCGUGGUGUAAUUCGCAAACGUUUGCUCCCAAUGAAAUUCACCGACGAUAACGGACGAGAUAUGGAGCAAAAGGUGUCCCCAGGAUCAGAAGUGAUAGAUUUGAGUUCAAAUAAGAAGGUUGGGUCUGUGAAUACCGCUCUUGGGAGUUGUGGGAUGGGCUUAUUGAAACUUGAAGACGCCUUCAAGAAAUCUGGGAAUUUGAGAAUUAAAGAGAGGGAUGAUGUGAAGGUGAAGGUUAUAAGGCCAGAUUGGUGGCCAGCAGAAUGGACACAGUUGCACGAACAACAAACUGCACCUGCUUAAAGAUAUCGAAAAACCUCAAUGCACCUGCAUGGGGACUGAUAAUUAAGGGGCAAAAACCUCCAGCUCUGGUAUUUUAUGUCCCAGAGAUUUGGAGUUGGGUAGUUCUGGUAUAUAUUCUAGUUACGUAUUCUACAAUUCCGAGUCCAAAGCUAAAAGUGUUGUAGCUGUAACAAGUUUUGAAGGUGAAUAAAAAGGUUGCUCACCGCACCUUUAAAUGCUUACCCUUGUAUUCUAAUUUUUUUUUAUACAUAAAAAAAAGUUUAUUUGUUUAGAACGAUGAAUCUAUUCCUCUUUGAAUGAGGAAGAGAAGCGGUGGGAGUAUUAAUUAGCGGGCGGACAAAAGGAGGAAACUCGGGAUAAAGAUCAAUUACCAGAACUUUGGGAUAAAAUUAUUUGGUUGUUAUCGAAUGUACUACCUCAUUAUAUAAUUUGAACAGCUUUUGUUCUUGAAGG